AUGGCCAUAGUUGCACUCAAAAAUGCCAUCGGCUCCUUAAUUUCGGGCCAGUCUCAAUACGGAGCUGUUGAUGACGGAAGCGUUGAUGCCGAGUCGCAGACUUCACAGAAAACAUUUGACAGAAGGGGGGAACCAAACCUGGGCAUCUUUCAAAACAUCGAUCCGCGUGUUAUGAGCGACGUUGUGAUUGGUUUGUCUGACGGGCUGACUGUGCCUUUUGCCCUUACUGCUGGGCUUUCGUCUCUCGGAAAUUCCAAGAUCGUCAUUACGGGUGGAAUGGCCGAGCUUGUGUCCGGUGCAAUUUCCAUGGGGCUCGGCGGAUUUCUUGCAGCUCGUUCCGAAGUGGACUACUACCGCUCGCAAGUAAAGCGCGAAAAACAGGACUUCUUUUCAGAUCGCGAUGCACUGGAUAAGGAGGUAGAGGAGAUCAUGUUGGAUCUCGGCGCUUCUGAAGAUACUAUCGAGUUGUUUGUACGGGAUUUGCAAAGAAAUCCAAAGGCGAUGAUUGACUUCAUCAUCCGUUUUGGUAGAGGACUCGAGGAGCCGGCUGAGGGUCGCCAGCUCACGAGCGCACUCACCAUUGGUGGUGGAUACUUCUUUGGCGGCUUCAUCCCACUCGUUCCAUACUUCUUCACAGACCUCGUCAAGACCGGUUUCAUCAUAAGUUGUGUCGUUAUGGUGAUAACGCUAUUCAUCUUUGGCUUUUUCAAGGCGUUCAUCUCGCUUGGAGAGUGUUCAAGCGUGCGCAAGGUGUCGGAGGGAUUCCAGAUGGUGGUAGUGGGCUCUGUUGCUGCGGGGAGUGCAUGGGCUUUAGUUAGGCUUAUUGAUACGUGA